UCUAAGGGUAAUUUGGUUUUUGAAGCAAUAGGCAUAUCUAAAUAUUUAUCUAAUUCAUCAGUAGAUGAAUUAUCAUCAUUAUUAUCCUUAUCAUCAAAUAUUGAAUUCUUCAGACCAAGGCAUAUUUUCUUGAGCUUUGAAUCUAGUAAAAUUGCUAUAAGGCCAGUGAACAUUGGAUUCCCCAAUAUUUCCAAA